GCUGGUGGCGGGCACGGGAAGUCGGACCGAGCAAUGAUUCAACAUGGAGGCAGUGGCAGUGGCAGUGGCAGGGCAGGCAGCAUCACGAGGCAAGCAAGCAGAGCAGCGCGCGCAUCCAAAAAUAGAAGCAGAGAAAAACACACACACAAAACACCACGCCCUACACCCGCAAAGAGCAGUGCCGAGCGAGGCGGGGCCUAGGGUCGUUCGGGGGUGCGGGCAUCACCUCACGACGUCAUAAAGCUCAUGCGCCCUGCCCAGCCCGCCAGGCCGCACAACAACAAGGAAGCCAAAAGCAUGGAAGCAGGCGUCGAAGCCAAAGCCAAAAAAGCAGGCGAGGCGGAUCACAGGCGCACGGCCGUGGAUGACGCACACGUCCACGGCCCUUGCAGAGCGGGCAGAGCACCACCUCGCGGGCCAGCGAAUCAAGGCCGCCGCGCCGCGAAACCCUGCGACACGUCAGAUGGGAAGCUCGACGUCUCCGCCGCAAGGCCAAGCCAGCUCCUGGACCCCUGCUGCUGCUCCGCGCCUGUGCAAUGCGUUUUUCCGGGCCCCAGAUGGCGCGGCUUUCGUAAUGGGGGUCGUGAACGCGCGGUGGCUAAGGCUUGGGCUUGGUCGUGUGCAUGCGCUGGUGGGAUCUGUGCGGAUAGACUUGACUUAUAUUGGGCGCGGCGCUGGUUGCGUUGGCGUUUUUUUAUAAGGUAUCAGUCUCUACUACCUACCUAGAGUACCUGCUCUCUACCUACUACCUUACUACUGUCAACGCUUCCUUCGUCGUCGUCGUCGUCUUCGUCUUCAAGAGUCGGAUCGGAUCCCUUUCGUUUUUUUUUUUUUUCCUUCGUUCCUGGAUCUUGGACAAAGGGAGGGCGUCUCGAGAAUUCCUUUGUUGUCACU